GCCGCCGGCCGCUUCCCCUGCUCGGCCCUGGGCGCACGCAGCUUCCCAGCCGCAGAGCAUCCUCCGUCCCGAGCGUCCCCGGAGGCGGCGCGGAAGACUCGCCCGCCCAGGACCCCACAUCCAGGACCCUCGCGCUCCCUGGGCCAGAGAAGCCCGGGGCGCUGUUACGGCGAGAUUGGGGCGACUUAAUUUUUUCACCUUUAGAACUGCUUCUUCCCUCUCUCUAAAUGCCAGCUGUUACGUUUGGGAAGCCGCCAGCGCCAGACUUAAUCUUUAAAAUAAGUCCCUGCAAGGCGUGGCUGGCGGGCUACAGCCUCGCGCCCCAGGAGAGUUGGCCUUGGCUGGGAGGGACUAUCGCUUUGUGCCUGAAGAGAGCGAGGAAGAGGGUGAGGACAGAGCAUCCUCAAGAUGAGAUGCUUUAAAAAAAUCAUCCAUAGCAGCAGUCGAAACAGUUUUGUCUGGCUUUGUUUAUACUGAGUGGGUUUUUUCCAGUGAAAUGCCGUUUUGGUUAAAAGAAGAAAUGGCCCCCCAGGAGCUCACCCGGCGACUGGCCACCGUGAUCACUCAUGUCGAUGAAAUCAUGCAGCAGGAAGUCAGGCCCUUGGUGGCAGUGGAUAUAAUAGAACAACUUCACAGACAAUUUGCCAUUCUUUCAGGAGGCCGAAGGGAGGAUGGUGCUCCCAUCAUCACUUUUCCGGAGUUUGCGGGGUUCAAACACAUCCCAGAAGAAGACUUCCUGAAUGUCAUGACCUACCUGACUAGCAUCCCCAGUGUGGAGGCUGCCAGCAUCGGGUUCGUCAUUGUUAUCGACCGACGAAGGGACAAGUGGAGCUCCAUAAAGGCAUCCUUGACACGAAUAGCCGUGGCAUUUCCAGGAAAUUUACAGCUCAUAUUCAUCCUUCGUCCAUCCUGCUUUAUCCAGAGGACAUUCACUGACAUUGGCAUUAAAUACUAUCGAGACGAAUUUAAAAUGAAAGUGCCGAUCAUCUUGUUAAAUUCUGUUUCUGACCUUCAUGGCUACAUUGACAAAAGCCAGCUGACACAGGAGUUAGGGGGGACUUUGGAAUAUCGCCAUAGUCAGUGGAUAAAUCAUCGCACUGCCGUCGAAAACUUUGCCUUGACAUUGAAGGCCACUGCCCAAAUGCUGCAGACGUUUGGGGCCUGCCUGGCCUUGACAGAGCUGCCUGGGGGUGUGCUAUCCACUGAAGACCUUCUCAUGUCCCACACAAGGCAGUGGGACAAGCUGCAGGAUGAGCUGAAAUUGCUUGGAAAGCAGGGGGCCACAUUGCUGUCAUGCAUCCAAGAACCAGCAGCCAUAAAUCCUACCAGCAAACUCAAUCCCAAUGAACUUGAGAAUGUAGUUACCAUGGAAAGGCUGUUAGUUCAAUUGGAUGAAACAGAAAAAGCCUUUAGUCAAUUUUGGUCUGAGCAUCACCUGAAGCUUAACCAAUGCCUACAACUACAGCACUUUGAGCACAAUUUUUGUAAGGUUAAGCUUGCCUUGGACAAUUUGUUGGAUGAACAAGCAGAGUUUACCGGCAUUGGAGGCAGUGUGCUGCAUGUGGAACAACUUCUUAAGGAACACAAAAAACUGGAAGAAAAGGGCCAGGAGCCCUUGGAAAAGGCCCAGCUGCUUGCACUAGUUGGGGACCAGCUCAUCCAAAGCCACCAUUAUGCAGUGGACUUCAUCAGGCCCAGGUGUAUGGAGCUCAGGCACCUCUGUGAUGACUUCAUCAAUGAAAACAAGAAAAGAUAUGACAUUUUAGGAAAAUCCUUGGAAUUGCACAGACAGCUAGACAAGGUCAGCCAAUGGUGUGAGGCGGGAAUCUACCUCUUGGCUUCCCAGGCUGUAGACAAAUGCCAGUCUCGAGAGGGAGUUGACACUGCCUUGAACGACAUUGAGACAUUCCUGGGCACAGUCAAGGAGUACCAGUUGCCUUGCCCCAAGGAAUUUUAUAACCAGUUUGAGUUGAUACUCACCCAAGAUGUAGAGGCAAAAGCCCAGAAAGUCUUGCAGAAGAUGAAUGAUGUGCAGGAAAUAUUUCACAAGAGGCAAGUGAGUCUGAUGAAACUGGCAGCCAAACAGACUCGCCCAGUCCAACCUGUGGCCCCUCAUCCUGAGUCAUCCCCAAAAUGGGUCUCAUCAAAAACCAGCCAGCCUUCCACUUCAGCUCCUCCUCUGAGAACAUCUGAGGAACCUCAUACAGAGACAGAUUUGAACUCCCUGGAAAAGGAAAAUGAUGAGACUAAAUUUGAAGUCAAGAAUGAAGAAAUCCUUGAGAGCAGUCAGAAUGGGGAGAACUCUGGCCUAGAGCAGCUGGCCAGCCGUGGACACCUUCCCCCCCGCAGGCGCAUUAUACAUGACUUGCUUGAGACUGAAGAGAUUUAUAUAAAAGAAAUUAAAAGCAUAAUUGAUGGAUAUAUCACUCCAAUGGAUUAUAUUUGGCUGAAGCAUCUAAUUCCGGAUGUUCUUCAGAAUAACAAAGACUUUCUCUUUGGGAAUAUUAGAGAAAUUUAUGAAUUUCACAACAGGACUUUUCUAAAAGACUUGGAAAAGUGUGCUGAAAACCCUGAACUUCUGGCACAUUGCUUUCUCAAGAGAAAAGAAGAUCUUCAAAUAUAUUUUAAAUACCAUAAGAAUCUGCCCCGAGCUAGGGCAAUUUGGCAAGAGUGUCAAGACUGCGCCUACUUUGGGGUAUGCCAGCGCCAACUGGAUCACAAUCUCCCUCUUUUUAAGUAUCUUAGAGGACCAAGCCGGAGACUUAUAAAAUACCAGAUGCUGCUCAAGGGUCUGCUGGAUUUUGAGUCUCCUGAAGAUUUGAAGAUAGACCCAGGUGACCUAGAAGGAGGCUUGGCUAAGGAUGGACCAAAGAGGACCAAGAAUUCAGCAUUCUCAGCCGAACUACAGCAAGCUUUGGCGAUGAUAGAGGAUUUGAUCAAGUCCUGUGAGCUGGCCAUAGACCUAGCAGCAGUCACUGGAUGUCCGGGUGAUAUCGGAAAACUGGGCAAGAUGUUGAUGCACGGCCCUUUCAGCGUCUGGACAAUCCACAAGGACCGUUAUAAAAUGAAGGAUUUUAUUCGAUUUAAGCCCAGCCAGAGGCAAAUCUAUCUCUUUGAAAGGGGAAUAGUAUUCUGUAAGAUACACGUGGAGCCUGGUGACCAGGGGCAAUCUCCUCAUUACAGCUUUAAGAAGUCUAUGAAGUUGAUGACACUUUCAAUUCGCCAGCUUGGAAGGGGGAGCACUAAAAAGUUUGAAAUUGCCAACCAAAAUGGACUUGAGAAAUACAUCCUGCAGGCAGCUUCAAAAGAAAUCAGAGAUUGUUGGUUUUCAGAAAUAAGUAAAUUACUGAUGGAGGAACAAAACAAUAUUAAAGCUACAGCGUUUCAGGGCUGGAAAGGUAACCUGGAGAUCACAGACCCCCAGGGCCCAGAUGGAGGCCCUGGGGCAGCAGGAGUUGGAGAUGGGGAGGCCGUGCCAGAGACAGGCACUGCCCGCUACGUGCCAGGGGCAGAGGGACAGUCCUUCCCUUUCUCUCCCCAAGGAUGCUCCAGCAGGGAGUUUAUCUCCACGGAAGAGUGUGAAGGUGCAGAAGACAUGGAAAAGGAGAACAGCGCUCUCAGCCUCGCCGGGCUCUUCCAGUCGGACGACAGCUCUGAAACCCGUCUCUCCAAAUCGGUUUUCCUGGAGACGGGAGAAAGCACCCAGGGAGGAGACCGCAACUGC